GCAGCCAGUUCUCAACUCAGAGGGAGAGGGAGAGGAAAUCCAAACUGUAGCUGAUGAACCAGGGGGAAAACCCUUGAUAUUCUGCCACAGAGAGUGCUGGCCAGUGUGCUGAGGCUAUAGCUAUCUAUGGUCAUCUGUUUUGUCUUGACGGGUCCCUAUAAUCUAGCAGGUGGUAGCAGGAGUCAGGAGGAUGACCUCUAAAAAUGCUGUCAAGAUGGGGAGAAGGUAUCUGAAUAAGGAAGAAAACAAGGUAGAGAAAGAGAAGAAAGAAAUAUGGAGACCAAAGAGGAGAAAAAAGGGAACAAUGCUUGAUGCAUGGUGUCAAAACAUCCAUAAACCCAUCUCAAGGUGGAUUCUUCCUGCAGAUACCCGAGGAAUCUACAGGCAGAGAGCCAAAUGUCUCCCACCUCCUGUGUUCAUCACCAUCAUCAGUACUAUGCAGCUUGUUAUCUUCAUUUACUAUGCCUUUUGGAAGCCCCUGGAAACCAUGGAGAUAGGCAUCUGGGACAGUCCAUUCAUCUAUCGUCCUGACAAGAGGCAAGAAGCUUGGAGGUUCCUCUCUUACAUGAUGGUGCAUGCUGGGGUUCAACAUAUUAGUGGAAAUGUACUUAUGCAGCUUAUUUUGGGACUUCCCUUGGAAACGGUUCACAAGGGCCGUCGAGUGGGGCUGGUGUACCUGUCAGGAGUGAUUGCAGGAUCUCUUGGAAGCUCAGUCUGGGACCCUUUCCAAGCUCUAGUGGGGGCUUCAGGAGGAGUCUAUGCUCUCACAGGAGGUUAUUUUAUGAAUGUUUUAGUGAAUUUUAAAAACAUGGUUCCUUUAUUUGGACUUUUCAGACUAGUGCUCAUCUUAUUCAUUGUUGUUUUUGACAUGGGAUUCGCCCUCUACAGAAAAUUCAUUAGCCCUGAAAGUGGGCCCCCGAUAUCCAUUGUAGCUCACGUUGCUGGUGGUGUGGCUGGGAUGACUGUAGGUUUCUCUGUAUUUAGCUGCUUUCAGAAGGAGCUGCUGAAAGACUCGACGUUCCGCCUCGCAAGCACUAUUUAUUUUGUUUAUGUUUUAUCUGCCGUGUGUUUCAACAUCUUUUUGUCUCCAGUAAACUGAACUGCCCCUAAAAUUAUCCAAUAAACAAACCAAAACACCUGUGGGAACACGGAGGCACCUUUGAAGGGCAAAGAGGAGGCAUCCCAUUGACUGUUUACUUUGUAUCUUUCACCUUGCUUGUUCAGUGGGAGAAUCUCCUGCAAACCAGGGUGAGGCUGUAUACAUUUACAUCAAUAAAGUGCGAUGAUCAGUA